AGGAACAAAGGAAACUUAAACUGGAAAGUGGAAAGAGUAGAUUCCUUCUCCUUUAUUGUUUUGGAUAAUAUGCAAUACCUGCUUGCAUCUUCCUUUUCCUUUAUUCAGGGUUAUACUUAUUCUCUCCAUGGAAUACGUAAACUGGGUCUGCUUAAGCCUCGCUGUGCUCAGAGACAGCAGAGCCAAACAACCCCCAUAACUUCAUGCCCUUUGGUUUCACUUACACUUUUUGGCAAUGGCUUCUAAUUGGGUCCCCUUCUCGAUGGACUCCAUUCAAGGGUCAAUCUCGUCGUGUACAAAUCAGACUCCAUCGAUAUAGGCCCACUCCACACAAAUAUCUGGGUUCCUUUCUUGCUGGGGUUGUUCUAUUCCUCUGUUGGUAUGCUUCAACUCUACCUAGACGAGAGCGUCUUCAAAAAGGUUCGAGAGGGAAGUUUAGUAAAAACAAUUUUCUCGCUGAUAUUGUUGGUGCUGUUUAUAGAAUUGAGUGCCGAACUUUAUAAAGCUGGUAUAGCAGACAACAUUGAGGCCUACAUAUUAUUUGCUGCAGCAGAGUUUAUAUGGUUUUUAUUGGAUAGGACAUGGUCAGGGUUCACCUUGGCAUGCAUUGUUGGGCUUUGUUGCCCAUUGGCUGAGAUACCCAUAAUGAAGUUCUUCAACCUUUGGUACUAUCCUCAAGCGAACGUUGAAAUCUUUGGCCAGGGACUGGUUACUUGGACACUCACUUGCUACUUCGUGUACACGCCAUUCUUAAUCAAUUUGUCACGGUGGUGGAGAGCAGUUUAUGCUGCUCAAACAGACGAGUCUGCCUAAAACAUUGUUCAGCUGUGCUGUUUAUUCCAUUAUAAUUAAUAGCACU